UCACCGCUCGUGGGCAACCUUCACAGAGAGCGACUGUUUUGCUUCGUAGCUUAAAAACAAUGAAUAUUCUGUGUAGAUCCAGGAUAUUGGUGUCUUCAGUUUGUCGGAAAAGUAGUUUAAUAGAUCAGUCGGCUGUUCCUAGAUGCACGAGUUUGAUAUUCAAAGCCCGGUGCCACAGGCUUGUUGUUAAUUUAUCCUCAUGUCAACAACGCUGGCGUUACGGAGCGUGUCUCAGGUGUCCCUUUGAGUCAACGAGAUGCUACACAGAUAGAGGCGAGGGCAGACUCACAGAAAGACCGGAGAAAUUAGAGGACGAAACCGAGGAGGUGGAAGAUAAUAGGAGUAACUCUAACUCCCAGAACCAGGGACUUCCCGAGGUGUUCACUCUCGACGUUUUGAUCUCUCUGCUGCGUCAAGAAAAUGCUGUGGACCUGUGUGUGAUUAAAGUGCCGGAUCAUGUUCAAUAUGCAGAUUACUUCAUUGUGGUCAGUGGUGUGUCACCAAGACAUCUCCGUGCCAUGGCUCUUUAUGCUGUCAAAGUGUUCAAGUUUAUGAGGAGACAUGGAGAGCCACAUGUCAAGAUUGAAGGCAAAGAUGCAGAGGACUGGAUGUGUGUUGACUUUGGGAAAAUGAUUGUUCACUUCAUGUUGCCUGAGACCAGAGAGGUGUAUGAACUGGAGAAACUGUGGACUUUACGUACCUACGACGAGCAGCUGAAGAAAAUUCCUGCAGAGAUGCUGCCAGAAGACUUUAUUUUUGAUGCCAACGAAUUUACAAAAUAACUCUAUAUUUCAACAGAGCCAGAAGUAAACUAAUUCAUUAAAAUUUUUAGCUGACUUUUUCAGUGAUUAGUUGGUGCAUGUGCUUUUGUAUAAAAUAAAAAAAAAUGAACAAGAUCAGUCCUUACUUUUUUUUUUUUUUGCAUCGCCACUAUGCCAUACUAGUAAAGUUUGUAAAAUGACUUUGAGUUCUUUAAUAUCUGCAGCAUAGUCCCCAAUAACUUUGAAGAUUUUUAAAAUUCUAAUUUAGUUUUACUUCCUUUAUCUUCUUGAUAACGGUAUCAGGUAACAAGAUCAAUAUGAAACCUUGCUGAUCCAGCUUGUUUAACUUUCUACAUCGUUGCCCAGUGCGGGUAUGAGCAACUUUAGACCAGAAGCUAUUUUCUUGUCACCACAUCCUGACUUAUUAAGAUUCAGGCAAAUCUAGCUCUCCUGAAUGAAAUGUUCUCCUAUCUUUCCCACUUUUAAGAGUGGAUAUGAAAAUUGUUACAUUGUAACUGUACUUGGAAGCAUGAGAUAAAGGAUCACUGGACAAAAGUACAACA